AUGCAUGCCCUCAAGAGAUUUCCCCGGCUUUUGGCUGCUCAACCGGCAAGAUUAAGAAUAAUCAAUCAAUUUCCAAAGAUCCUCCCCCGUGUCACACCUCGCUUGUACUCCACUGCUCCUGCCCAGAAUACCUCUGCCCAGACUGCUCCAAGCACAGACCCUUCCACAGAUCACCAUGCGGUUGUAUCCACCUUUGAUCUAUUCUCUAUCGGUGUCGGCCCUUCCUCCUCUCAUACCGUUGGUCCUAUGCGGGCUGCAAAGAUUUUUAUCAACGAUCUCAAGGAUCACAAAGUACUUGAGCGUGUCCACACACUCCGCGUCGAUAUGUUUGGUUCAUUGGCCUUGACAGGUAAAGGCCAUGGAACACCAGAAGCAAUUCUGAUGGGCAUUGAAGGUGAAACUCCAGACAUGGUCGAAACCACGACCAUCAAAUCACGAGUAGAAGACAUCCACACAAAUAAAUCCAUCCGAUUGGACGGCACCCACCGCAUCAACUUUGAUCCCGAGAAGCACUUGAUCUUCAACUACUUCAAGGCACUACCCCAACACCCAAACGGACUGAGAUUCUGCGCCUACGAUGAGUCGGCAAACAUGGUCGCCACAAAUGAGUACUUUAGCAUCGGCGGUGGAUUUGUUGUUAAUGCCGCAACACAGCUGGAUCAUGGUGAGAAUGUGUACUAUAAGCAAGACAUUACCGAUGAAACAAAGGAAACAAAAUCCAAGGCCAAGGCUGUUGCCGAGGCCGAGGCCGUGGCUGAGCGUACACAGCAGGAUAUUGCCGUGGUUGCUUUGCCCUUCAAGAACUCUGAAGAACUGCUGGCUGUCUGCAAGAGAGAAAACAUGACAAUUGCUCAGGUUGUCUAUGAAAACGAACUCAAGUGGUCUACACCUGAAGAAAUCAGAGAAAAACUGCUUAGAAUCUGGAACACUAUGGAUGAAAGUAUUCGUAAUGGUGUCAUGGCAUCUCCUCAUGACUAUUUACCUGGUGGUCUCAACGUUCGUCGUCGUGCACCUGCUCUGUACAGCAAACUUCUCAAGGGACUCUAUGGCCCAGUUGCUACUCAGCCCACAUACAGCGACAACCAAAUUCCCCUCCCUGGAUCCAUUCAACCUACCGGAUCAGCACUCAAUUCAUCACAAGCAUCCCCAGAUACCCCGUUCCCCUUAAGAAGAAAACUCGCGGCUCUAAUUCAUACUCAUACCUAUACUCAUCCUCAUGUUCAUGCUUCUGUUUUUUUUUCCUACCUUUUAGCUCUCGACUAUCUUUCGGUUUAUGCAAUUGCUGUCAAUGAAGAGAAUGCAUGUGGUGGUCGUGUCGUGACUGCACCUACUAAUGGUGCUGCCGGUACAAUUCCUUCUGUACUAAAAUACUACCUCGAAUUUAUUUCCGAAAACCCUGAAAAAGAUGUUAUGGAAUUCUUACUGACCACUUCAGCAAUCGGUAUGCUCUUCAAGCGAGGAGCCAGUAUUUCUGCUGCCGAGGUUGGAUGUCAAGGUGAAGUUGGCGUGGCUUGCUCCAUGGCUGCUGCUGGAUUUACGGCUGUCAUGGGUGGGUCUGUUGACCAGGUAGAGAAUGCGGCCGAGAUUGGUAUGGAACAUAACCUGGGUCUGACCUGCGAUCCUAUUGGAGGCCUUGUCCAAGUGCCUUGUAUUGAACGCAACGCCUUGGCAGCCGUAAAGGCCAUUGCGGCUGCUCAGUUGGCAUUGAACGGAGAAGGUGACCAUCGUGUGUCACUCGAUCAGGUCAUUGAAACAAUGCGACAGACCGGUCUUGACAUGAUGUCGAAAUACAAGGAAACAAGUCAAGGUGGUUUGGCAGUUAAUGUUCCUAUGUGCUAA